AUGAUGAACAUAGUGAAGAAAAUUGGGCAGUUACACAAAAGAUACGAAAAAAAAAAAACCAAUGUGGUAUUAUUAUGGGUUCCUAACAAAUAUAUAAGCACCAGCAACUUGAAGAAUGAAAAAAAUGUAAAAGUGAAAGUUAACACAAAGAAUUACAUAUUAUCUCUUGAUGAAGCAUUAUAUUUAUCCAAAGAAAUGGGGAUUAAAACAACUACAGAAAUCCAAAAAAUGAUCAUGAGGUCCCCCCCUUUCUCAGCUGAUACUAGUCCGUUUCUCAUUGACAACUUUUUGUGUAGUGAAAAUAGGAAUAGCGAUUCAGAUGAUAUAGACCAGAUUGAUCAGAAGUUAAAAGCACUAGGGGAAAAAGAAGAAAAUGAUAAAAAGGAUGAAAAGGAUGCAGAAAAAGAAAAGAUAAAAGAAGGUUCUCUAUACGGUGCGGAUAAUAACAAUGUAGAUAUUCUUAGCAAAGUUCUUAUUGAAAAGUUUAACAAGAAGAGGGCAAAAACAUUUAUCCAUAAUGAUAUGGAAUGGUUAGAAGAAUCAGAAGGCAUAGGAACAAACAAAAGAUCCUGUGCAUAUGUCUAUAUAAGAAGAGGUAGCGGUAUUGUCAAGGUAAAUAACCAAGAAGAUUUAUACAUUAGAUGGCCAUAUUUUUAUAACAGAACUGAUGUAUUGGAACCCUUCUAUCUAACCAAUACUGCAUGUGUGUUUGAUGUAUUUAUAAAAUUGAAAGGAGGUGGUAUAAGUGGCCAAUCAAAAGCAGCUAGAUUGGCUAUAGGGCGUGCCCUACUCAAUGCAUGUCCAUUCAUUUAUGACGAACUCAAAGAACAUGAUAUUCUUUAUGAAGAUAUGAGACAGAAAUUUCCAAAAAUGCCUGGAAGGAAAAAGUCAAGGGCUAUGAAGCAGUGGUCCAAAAGAUGA